AGCUCAAACAAGUUGACUCUGAUACAUUGCGAGGAAGAACAGUUCGAUCUAUUAUUAAUGACCGGAAGGCGUCGAGAUAUGGCCAAGCUGGGACACGCUAGGUCGACCGGUCAUGAGCGCAAG